AUGUGGCUCGACCGACUGGCUGGCGGUCCCGCAAGCACCUCGGGCUCGUCGACGCCGCAGCCCGGGAGCAGGUCCUACUCCCCUUUGCCGCGCCGGACAUCGAGCGCCCUCAGCCCCUACGUGACGUCGCAGCGGUCCGGUCACUCGCCCAGGAGCUCGUCGCUCUCGCUCGUGUCCAACGAUUCCUCGGCUUCGCUCCUCUCUGCCUCUCGCAGGCCCAAUGGCUCCGGCUUGCGGCAGUCGACCACUGCCCCGGACGUGCCCAACUCUCUGGAGACGCUGGAAACCCUGAUUGGUCCAAAGACAAACGGCCAAGGUGACGGCGACAAACAGACUGGCUCCAUGGUCGAGGGAGACAUUGACUUCGACGUGGAUUUCGGCGGCCUGUCUCUCAAGGAGCUCGCCUCGCAGGGCCAGGAGCCUCAUCCACCUAGCUCGCGACGCCCGCAGAUAUUCGACGAAUAUGAAAGGGAAAAGUCCAAGUUUGAAGACCUGCAUCAGUCCAUUGUGGCUUGCGACGAUGUCCUCAACUCCGUCGAGACCAACCUGGCGAGCUUUCGCAACGAUCUUGCUGCCGUCUCGACCGACAUUGAAUCACUGCAGUCGCGCUCUACCGCGUUGAAUCGACGCCUGGACAACCGAAAGGAGGUGGAGAAGGCCCUGGGGCCCCUGGUGGAAGAACUCAGCGUCUCCCCCGAAAUAAUCUCCAAGAUAUCGACCGGCCCCAUCGACGAAACUUGGAUAAAGACUCUGUCAGAGGUGGAUAGAAGAGCUCGGGCACACAAGAAAGAGGCGUCGUCAAGCUCUCUCCACAGCAAAGCUUCCGAGGAGCUGGGCCCCCUCCUGGAGAAGCUUACGUUCAAGGCCACCGAGCGCAUUCGCGACUUCUUAGUCGCCCAGAUCAAAGCGCUCCGGUCCCCUCACAUCAAUGCCCAAAUAAUUCAGCAACAAUGCUUUCUCAAGUUCAAGGAGCUCUACUCUUUCUUGCACAAGCACCAUGCAACGCUCGCCCAGGAGAUUUCGCUGGCGUACAUGAACACCAUGCGAUGGUACUAUCUCAAUCGAUUCAGCCGCUAUGAGAAGGCUUUGGCAAAAGUCAAACUCCAUGUGCUGGACAAAUCGGACACUCUAGGCCACGAAGACACAACGCGAGUGGCCGCCAUGCUUUCGAGUGCACGACUUGCAGGCCCUCCACACGACGCCUUCAAUCUGGGCCGUCGAAUUGACUUGUUGAAAGCCAAGAACCAAUCUGCGCUGCCCUCUUACCUGGCAGAAGAGGACCGGACAACCCACUAUCUCGAGGUCCCUUUCCGCAACAUGAACCUUGCGUUGAUGGACAAUGCUACCGCCGAGUAUACUUUUCUAGCAUCCUUUUUCUACCCGGCCUUAUCCUUCUCCCAGAUAUCCAAAAGCUUCAACUACGUCUUCGAGCCCACGUUUGAGCUGGGGCGAACCCUGUCCAGGACUCUGGUGGGCGAGUCGUUUGACGCGCUGGGCAUCUUGAUGUGCAUCCGGCUGAACCAACAGUUUGCGUUUGAGCUGCAGCGGCGUCGAGUGCCGGCUGUGGACGGAUACAUCAAUUCCACCAACAUGCUCCUGUGGCCGCGACUCCAGGUCGUCAUGGACCGCCAUUGCGAGUCUAUCCGGCAGCUGACAUACUCCCUGCCCGGUAAGCCGGCAAGAUCAGCGGGCGACCAGUCCAAGUUGACGGCUGCGCCGCACAUGGUGACGCAACGGUUUGGUCAGCUGCUGCACGGGUUCCUCGCCCUGAGCGCCGAGGCUGGGGAUGACGAGCCAGUUAAUGCCAGUCUGCAGCGACUGCGCUCCGAGUUCGAGGCAUUUCUGAACCGGCAGAGCCAGUCAUACGGCACUGAUAACCGCAAGAGCGAGCGGUUCUUGUACAACAACUUUUCCCUCGUUCUCACCAUUGUGGGCGAUACGGAGGGGAAAUUGGCUGCGGAGCAACGAGAGCAUUUCGAACAGUUGAAAGCGGCACAUCAAGACAAAUCAUGA